AUGGCUUCCGAGGAUUUCACACCUGCACUCCGCUACGCAGAUAUCGGCAUCAACCUCUCAGACACCGUCUUUCGAGGCCACUAUCACGGCAAACAAGCCCACGAAGACGACCUACAGCAUGUCGUCAACCGCGCUCUCAAAGCUGGCGUGCAGAAGAUGAUGAUCACAGGCUCGGACCUGGUAGAAAGCAAGAAUGCCAUUAAGCUAGCAGAAGAGUACCCGGGGCUGUGCUACGCGACGGUAGGCGUACAUCCAUGCUCUGCAACGAGCUUUACGAAACAUCCUGCGGGAGGAGAUAAGCUGCUAGAGGAGCUAGGAGCACUGGCCAAGGAGUCGAGGGAUCGAGGGACUGCGACAGCUUUUGGGGAGAUUGGACUGGACUACGAUCGCCUCACGCUUUGCGAUAAGGAGACACAAUUGGUAUGGUUUGCAAAACAAUUGGACCUGGCCGUCGAGCUGCAGAUGCCGCUGUUUCUGCACUCCCGAGCGGCGGCGGAGGACUUCGAACGGCUGCUCACACAGCGAUUGGAGAAGCUACCGAAGCGUGGACUAGUACACUCAUUCACCGGGUCGUUGGAGGAGAUGCAGCGGAUUGUGGAGCUAGGAUUCGAUGUUGGAAUCAACGGUUGCAGCAUGAAAACCGAGGAGAAUCUGGCAGUUGUGAAGGAAGUGCCUCUCGAAAGACUGCAGAUCGAAACGGAUGGACCGUGGUGUGAAAUGCGACCAAGCCAUGCGAGCUCGAAGUUCCUCAAGGAUGCGCCACCAUUGCCGAAGGCUGUGAAGAAGGAGAAGUGGAACGCCGAGGCGAUGGUGAAGGGCAGGAAUGAACCGUGUGCGAUAUCACAGGUGGCGCAUGCGAUUGCUGCGAUCAAAGGGAUUGCUGUGGAGGAGGUCUGUGAGGUCGCCUGGAAGAACUCGAUUCGCAUGUUCGGUCUAGGAGAAUCUAGAUGA